GGAUCGGUCCCGGGAUCGCCGCCUGAGGACGGAGGGAGGGAGGGAGGCGGGAACGGAACUUGACGGUGGGAGACGGCGAGUGGACCCUCUGCUGCAGCCAGGCCUUCAAUCUUUCUGUAGAGACCACGACUAAACUCCAGGCUGCCAGUCACCAUGACCAUUGUCAUUGGGUUCGAGGGCAGCGCCAACAAGAUCGGUGUCGGCAUCGUGAAGGAUGGCAUCGUGUUGUCCAACCCGCGGAGAACCUACAUCACACCGGCCGGGCAAGGCUUCCUGCCCAGGGACACGGCGAGACAUCACCGCCGCUGUGUGCUGGACUUGACCAGCGAGGCCCUGGAGCUGGCCGCAGUACACCCACUGGACAUCGACUGUGUCGCCUUCACCAAGGGCCCGGGUAUGGGGGCGCCGCUGGUCACCGUGGCGAUCGUUGCCCGGACGCUGGCCCAGCUGUGGGGCCGGCCGCUGCUGGGAGUGAACCACUGUGUGGGACACAUCGAGAUGGGCCGAAUGGUCACCGGGGCACACAACCCCACUGUGCUGUACGUCAGUGGAGGCAACACACAGGUCAUCGCUUACUCCGACCGCCGUUACCGAAUCUUCGGGGAGACGAUCGACGUUGCCGUGGGCAACUGCCUGGACCGGUUCGCCCGCGUGUGCUCCCGUCUCUCCCAGAUCUCCAACGACCCGAGCCCAGGAUACAACAUCGAGCAGAUGGCCAAACGACCCCGUGUAUUCGUGGACCUGCCGUACUGUGUGAAGGGAAUGGACGUUUCGUUCUCAGGAAUCCUCUCCCCCAUUCAGGAGGCCGCUGACACCAUGAUUGCCGCCGGCACCUGCACAGCGGAGGAUCUCUGCUACUCACUGCAGGAGACAGUGUUCGCCAUUGUGGAGACGACGGAGAGAGCCAUGGCUCACGGCGGCUCAGACCAGGUGUUGAUCGUUGGAGGAGUGGGAU